GAAAAUAUUUCAGUCGACUGCGCUGAGCAAUUGUUCGAUGACGUGCCAGCUGGCAGCGAACCUCCAGAAGCACAUGAUCUUCGAGUUGAGGCGUUUGCAAAGGCGAUGGCCCGACAAGAACGUCAUCAGCUACACGUCGAUAUCUCGUGGCAAAUGCCACCAAGAAGAAACUCAUCUCGCCUACGUGCUUUCAAGCUAGAAAUUAAUGGUACCGACACGUGCUUUGUAUUCAAUGUUACCGAUUCCGGCGUUACAGAAGAUUCAGUCUCGCCGCGUUUUCAUUUCACUUCUGAGAGUUUGUUCGAGUUCUCCAAGAGCUACCGUAUUACACUCUACAGUUUGCCAAAGUCCAAGAAUCGGACGUCGGCAGUGGAAGGAGUCGCGAAUGCCAAUCGACCCCGGUGA